AUGGAAGGAUAUUUAAAAAAAUGGACUAACCUUUUUUCAAGGUGGCAAGAUCGUUAUUUCAUUCUAAAUGAAGAUGUUCUUCUCUAUUGUGAUUCUCAAGGAGGGUAGAUUAAAGGAUAGGUGCAUUUGAAAGUUUCCGCUUUGAUUUUAGUGCCAGAAGAUCCUUUAAGAAUAAUAAUCAAUACUGGAACAACUGAAAUCCAUUUGAGAGCAAACAAUAUCAAUGAGAAGAUAGAUUGGAUAAAUGCUUUGAAAUCUGCUUAAGACAAGUGUUUGAGUCGAUAAAGUGAAAUAAGAUUUGAGUAAAAGAUACAAGAAUUGCUUACUGAUGUUUGGUAGACUGGAGCUAUAUGUAUGAUAGAGAAUUAUUGUAGUUGAUGAAACAUUGAGUAUGUUGAUUCCUAAAUUGGAGAAGAACUCACAAAUUAAGGAGAUGGCUGACAGAUUAGAAAGCAUAGGGAAAAAUCUAAAAACGAAAAUCACCUUGUGUGCUCAAAUUGUGGAAGAGGAGAAGUAAAAGCUAUCAAAUAUGGAGAAUGGAACUGUAUAUGAGAGUUUUAUUCAUUAAAAUUCAGCAUAAUCAGUAAUGCGAGAAGAACAAAUCAAUUAUUAGCAUCAACCAUAACAUGGUCAAUCCUCAUAGAUGAGUAUAACUGAGAUCACUUAGCUAAUUAGAGAACGUCAACCUAUAAAAUAUGUACUUAAAGAAUUAGUUAUAUUAGUUUUUAGUCGAAUCUCAUUAACAAUCCUGCUUUUCAGAAAAUUAAAUUUACUAAUAGUCCUAAACGAGAUCGAUUGCCUUAUCGAAAAGACCCAAAUGAAAAAAUAAAUGUCUGGUAUUUGUGUAAGGAAUUGAUUGGAAAGGAUCUAGGAAGAUUUUCAGUGCCAAGUAAUUCAUUUAUAAUAAUAAUAGUUAUUUUGAAUGAGCCAUUGUCUAUGUUAUAAAGAUUGGCUGAAUAGAUGGAAUACUCUGAUUCGUUGGAAGAAGCAGAUAAAAUCGCAGGAGAUAGUGCAUUAAGAAUGUGUUAUAUUAUGGGUUUUGGUGUCUCACCAUAUUCAGCAAAUAUAGGAAGGACAAAGAAACCUUUCAAUCCUAUUCUAGGAGAAACCUAUGAAAUUUAAACUCAAAAUUGUAGGUUUAUUAGUGAGUAGGUGUCUCAUCAUCCUCCUAUUUCUGCAGGAUAUGCAGAAUCUAAAGCAUUUUAAUUUUGGGCUCACACAGAUGUCCAAACUAAAUUUAAUGGUUUAUGUUUCUAAGUGAAUCCUGUUGGAUUAUUUAAUGUCAUGUUGAAAUCAUCAAAUGAUCAUUAUUAAUUUAAUAGGUGUACAACUAAGGUUCAGAACAUUUUAUGGGGGUAAUAAUAUUUGGAUCAUAUGGGAUAAAUGAAGUUUGUAAAUCUUACUACUGGUGAUAAUGGAGUGUUGGAAUUAAUUGAAAAAUCAGGGAAAUCGGAGUCGGAGAUGAGAGGGUAUGUAAAGGAUAAAAAUGGAAUUGAGAAGUAUAAAUUAAAAGGAUUUUGGAAUGAUCGUCUUAUAGCUUAUGAUUCUUAAAGAGAAAUCAUUGUGUGGAAGAGACAUCAAUUGCCAUAGGAUUCAGACUGGUAUUAUAAUUUUACUGAAUUUGCCAUGUAACUUAAUCAUUUGACAAUUGAUAUGAUAAAAGUAAUUAACAUGUGUUUAAAUUAUUUAGGAAUUACCUUGUACGGAUUGCAGAUUGAGACCAGAUUAAUUGGCGUUUGAAAAUGGAUGGAUUGACUUGGCUUCAAGUGAGAAACAUAGGUUAGAGGAGAAGUAGAGAGCACGGAGAAAAGCUAUGGCUGCAGCAAAUUAAGUGCAUGUGCCAAUGUUCUUUGAGGAAAUGACUGAUCCUAAGACUAAUUUGAAAUGGUAUAAAUAUAAAGGGAAUUACUUUUAAUAACAAUGGAAAUAAGUUGGAUAAGAAUUGUUGGAUUUAUUUUGA